ACUGUCUUGGCGAGAGGAAACAUGUUGCUAUUGGCUACAGCAGCACUGGAAAGAAGUGCUUGUUUCCGAGCUCGUUUUGGGUGCUAAAUUAACGUGAUUUCAUUUUGGUUGCUUCAAACUAGUUUUAUAUGCACGUUUUUUCGGUUGGAAACGCGUCUAUUUAUAUAUGAAGAAGCUUGCUGGCUAGUUAUGCUCCCAGCGCUAGCUAGCUAUAGCUAACAGAAACAACAGUAACCAACGGAGCCGACACUGACUGACUGGAAACUGUUUUGACUGGAGACUACAGCUUGCAGCUUGCUGCCUACGUAAAGUCAGCUUGGUAAAUCUAGCCAACUGAAUUGGCGGACAUGCCCUAUAUCUGAGUUUAAGGACAUGAUAAGGUGUUUAUCAAAAGAUGUUCAGUGCAAGCUUAGGUCUGGUGUUGCUAUAUGUUCCUUGCAGCAAUGUGUUGAAGAACUCAUUCUCAACAGUAUUGAUGCUGGGGCUACAUGCGUGGGUGUUCGAGUUGACAUGGAGGCGUUCAAAGUGCAGGUUAUUGACAACGGAUCUGGGAUGGGCAUUGAGGAUAUCGAGAAGGUAGGGAAUCGAUACUUCACUAGUAAAUGCACCACUCUAGAGGACUUGGACAACCUUAGAUUUUAUGGUUUUAGAGGGGAAGCCGUUGCUAGCAUCGUCUCCUUGGCAAUGCUUGUGGAAAUAUCAUCCAGGACCAAGUUAUCUGUGAAGACUCAUGUGAAGGUCUUCAAGGAUGGCAAGGGCUUAGACGUUUUCGAAGCUAAGACUACGAGACCGUCUGCAGGGACAACUGUCACAAUAUGUAACUUUUUCCACAACAUGCCAGUCAGGAGAAAGAGGAUGGAUGCAGUUCUGGAAAGUGAGCGGAUGAGGCAGAGAGUGGAGGCUGUGUCUCUCAUGCAUCCCUCUGUCUCUUUUACACUGAAGAAUGACUGCACAGGGGCCAUGGUGGUGCAGCUGUCUAAAGCCCAAAACACUUACUUCAGGUUUGUUCAGAUCCAUGGUUUAGGAAAGGCACAGAGACUAGGGCCAAUCGGCCACUCUCACGAACAGUUUGAAGUAACCGGCUACAUUGGAAGAGAGGGCCACUACAACAACAGCUUACAGUUCCUCUAUGUGAAUGACAGGCUACUUCUCAAAACCCGGAUCCACAAGAUGCUGAAUUUUCUCCUCCGCAAAGUGAGCAGUUCAUAUCAGAAAAACACCAGCCCAGAUGCUUCAUCUUCCUUUAUGAGUCCAAAGCAGAAACGAGGAGCGGAGGCACAUGGAAUGUAUGUGAUGAAUAUCAAAUGCCAUUACUCUGAGUAUGACAUCUGCCUCGAGCCUGCUAAAACCCUCAUUGAGUUCAAAGACUGGGAUGGUGUUAUGUUCUGUGUGGAAGAGGCAGUGAAAACCUUCAUGACAAGAGAGAAACUGGUGGUUGAACUUUCCCCUGGUGACAUAGAGUAUGCUGGCCAGAACUUAUUCAGUGGACACACUGGAGAUGCUGGCGUAGAAAGAGGCGAUAAUACCAGGGCACGUGAAGCUCUAACGCAGGGUGUUUCACUGGAAUGUAACAUUGAAGGGACUCUUGCAUCAGAGGCUGUCCAUCGUAGCAUGAAGAAAGACUUUGACGUCCAUAGUCAUGCAUGUGUCAAAGAUCCAGUUCAGGGUGAUAAGCGAGGUGACUGCAGGGAAAACUGUGACCCUUCUGUCGAAUGUCUGGACACAGACAGAGAAACGACACCAUCAGUCACACACAGUCGUAUAACAGCAGUAACAGACAUAUCUGAAUCUGUGCCUCCCGGAGAUAGGAAAGAGAUGCAGCUCAACACGCUGCAGAAUGUGGGCGAUGAAUCACACAACACUGGGGCGUCGAUAGUUCACGAUAGGUCAGACGUUGAACACCUGACAACAAUCAAAGAGAAAAGUGCUGAGAUUCAAAGUCAUCUUUCAGUCUCUAAAAGCAUUGAUGGAGUACUGUCCACGGCUAUACAGGAACAAAGCUGCUCCAAACAAAUACCACAGAAACAACAGAAGAUAAGGUUACAAGACCAAACUAGGGUCAGCAACGCAAAGACCCAUCUGCUAAAUUCAUUGCUUCAUGGAAAUGGCUCCCAGAAAUGCACCGUCGAUCAGCUCAGACCAGGCCUAGUCAUGAGAUGUCAAGAAAACCUAGCAACAAAACGACAUCUCUCACCUAUAGAGGAUUUGGGGAAUGGUACAGCUAGCCAGAGAGAAUAUAGGGAACACCCAGACAUCCCCUUAAAGAUACCCAGGGUCAUCUCAGGUCAGAAGCUGACUUUAUCUAAAGAAGCUGGCUCUUUGGACAAGUUCAGAAGAAUAUAUGGGAAGCAUUCUGAAUUUACGGUGGACAGUAAGAGCAAUCUCUCAGCAGCUGAUGCCAUAGCCUCACAGAAACCUGGUGUUCCUGACAAGCAUGAGGCAGAUAAACAGGAAGUAAAGCUAGGGGCUUUCAUGGAGUCACAGCUGGAUGGUGAGAAUGACCAUAGAAGUCCAUUAACGCUCUCCAUGUUCACCAAACUAAAGCCUCUCUCAGCUCAGUAUAAAAGUGGUGGGACAUCUUUAGCAGCCAAGCUCUCGAAUCUCAAAAACAAACCCAGGACAGAGGUCAGAGGUGUCUCAUUGACACAUCUUUCAGAAGCUCUUUCAAAUGUAGACACCGUUCCCAAAGACGCUCUAGCAAACACCACUGUUGAAAAUGUCAACAACAACUGUGACACUGUCAACAGUGGAGAACAAGCUUGCUUGAAUCCUGACGGCAUCCCGGAAAGCAGUUCAAGUCCAUCAUCGGCUAAGAAGGAAGUCGCAGCAUCAAGUGAUUGGUUGCAUCACUACGACGAUUCAACAGGGAAGCUGGUGUAUGUGAACACAGUGACGGGGCUGAGCAGGUACGGAGAGCCGUCUGGGGAAGAGACACAGGCGACCUGCACGUCAGACAUCACCAACAUGGCGAUCAGUGUCGUCUCCAACAAAGGGUUCGAGUACAGGUGUUAUCCAUUUCAAAUGGAUGUAGUGUUGCCCUUCCUUCCCAAAUCCAGAGCAGGGAGAGUGCUUAGUUCAGGGCCCAACCACAGAGGGAUUGAAGCUCUGACCUCAAACUCACUGUCCUCCUUGUACUCAGAGUGGACUAACCCUGUGUUUGAAAGACCCCCUAUGGUUGGUGUGAAUGUCUCAGUUGGACAAGCAGAAGGUCUGGUUGUGAAGGUCCACAAUGUCCUCUUCCCAUAUCGCUUUUCCAAAGACAUGAUACACUCAAUGAAGGUCAUCGAUCAAGUGGACAAGAAGUUCCUAGCGUGUCUCAUCGACACAAGAGGUCCGGAGUAUGAGAACGGCAGCAAAGAUGACGUUUCGGGGAACCUGCUGGUGCUUGUGGACCAGCAUGCUGCACACGAGAGAGUUCGUCUGGAGGACCUUAUUGAAGAUUCCUACGAGGAUGACCCCGAGGCCUGGGGGGAGAGGCAGCUGGCCUCCUCCACCAUAGCUCCGCCCCUGGAGGUCACAGUGACAGAGGAGGAAGUGAGGCUGCUCAGGUCCUGUGAGCCACACCUGAGGAGCCUGGGUCUGGAGAUGCAGUUUCCUCUGGGAGGUCUGCGUGCGUUGGUCAGUAAAGUGCCUAUGUGUUUCACGGAGAAAGAGAACAAUGAAGUCCGUCGCGGGAGACCAUCCAUCAUCAAGUCAAUAGUAGAGGAGUAUCUUCAAGAGCAGAUUGAGUUGCUGCGCUUAACCGGUAGAGUGAGAGGAUCGCUGCCUCUCACAGUCUUGAAGGUUCUUGCCUCUCUCGCAUGUCACGGUGCGAUCAAAUUCAACGACAGCCUCAACAAGAAUGAGUGUUGCAGCCUUGUGGCCUGCCUGUCAUCGUGCAAGCUCCCCUUCCAGUGUGCCCACGGCCGCCCGUCCAUCGUCCCACUGGUGGAUAUCCUCCACUUGAGUGACCAACAGGAACCCAAACCUAAUCUCUGGAAACUGAGAAGAAUGUAUAAAUCCUGGAAACUGUAUGGAACAAGUUAGCUGUGCCCAUCUAACCAGUCCAACAACCAUAAAUUAAUUAUUUAUUAUAGCUCCUUCAAUAAAUGAAGAAAAAAGGCUUUUAAA